GGACUCUGCCUUUGAUUGGAUUGUAUAGUUCCAACUCUUCAUUUUCUUCAAAGGAAGAAAGAUUGGGCCAGCAAGAUCUACCACAAGGACCUAGAGUUAUCAUCACAGUGAUUCAACAUCCUUGGAAUAGAAGAUCUUGUUGUGGAAGCGACUGCCAAUGAUGCCGUGAGAUAUUAUCCUUGGACCAUUGAUAAUAAGUACUAUUCAGCUGACAUCAAUCUGUGUGUAGUGCCCAACAAGUUUCUCGUCACUACAGAGAUUGCAGAGUCUGUCCAAGCAUUUGUGGUUUACUUUGACAGCACACAAAAAUCUGGUCUUGAUAGUGUCUCUUCAUGGCUUCCCCUGGCAGAAGCAUGGUUACCUGAGGUGAUGAUCUUGGUCUGCGAUAGAGUGUCUGAGAAUGGUGUAAACCGACAAAAAGCUCAAGAAUGGUGUAUAAAACAUGGCUUUGAACUGGUAGAACUUAGUCCUGAAGAGUUGCCUGAGGAGGACGAUGACUUCCCAGAAUCUACAGGAGUAAAGCGAAUUGUUCAAGCCUUGAAUGCCAAUGUCUGGUCCAACGUAGUGAUGAAGAAUGAUAGGAACCAAGGCUUUGGCCUUCUCAGCUCAUUGGGCGGAGCAAACCAUAGCAUUGGGUCAGCAGACACCUGUCACUCAGAGCAGCCCCAUUUGCCAGCAACAGAUAGGACUGAAUCCCUCUUGGAUCAUCGGGGUGGUGCAGCUAACACAGCAGACGCUCAGGUUGACAGCAUUGUGGAUCCCAUGUUAGAUCUGGAUAUUCAAGAAUUAGCCAGUCUUACUACGGGCGGAGGAGAUUUGGAGAAUUUUGAAAGACUGUUUUCAAAGUUAAAGGAAAUGAAAGACAAGGCUGCGACGCUUCCUCAUGAGCAAAGAAAGUUGCAUGCAGAAAAGGUUGCCAAAGCGUUCUGGAUGGCAAUUGGGGGAGACAGAGAUGAGAUUGAAGGCCUUUCAUCUGACGAAGAACACUAGACUAUUCAUACCAGGGUGUGACUAGCAAAGAUGCUCACUCUCUCUUCCUGACACUUUCCCGUCAACCCAGUUAUAUGUUGCUGAAGUUGCCAUCAUCAUGUUGGCCACCUGACUUGUUCAUAGGAUCCCCUUCAGUUUAGCUUUCAGUAGAGAGUUAAGGAGAAUGCUGUUCUCCUUCAGGAUAUUGUAAGACAGGAGUAUAGUGACAGUAAGGACUGAGAAUUUUUCAGAUACACUUUUUCAUUCUAGGAAUGGGAGUGGAAUGAGAGGCUCAAAAUCGGUGAUUUGCCCAAGUUAAAGAAGAGGAAAACCGCUAAGCCACUCCUAGUCAACCUUUUAGGUGGCUUCCCCUGCGUCCACACUUGGUUACUGCAGGUCAGGAGCUAGUGCCACCUUUCCUGGGCCUCUGGACUUUCUGCUUCCAAGGAGCUUGCUGCUCUGAGCUUUGAUGCUUUUGGUAGGAAGAAAGGAAGCAGCUGCAGAUUUGAUUUGUGCUACAGUAUAGGUGGGGCCAAUGACAGUGGCCCUCGGGUUAGUAUCUAACUAAAAAAAAAUUGCUCUGGGCCCUGGCCGGUUUG